AUGAGCGAGCUAGACCCUGACGGCAAUGUGGUUCGACAAUUCACGGAUCCCCUUGGCCACCAUGACCAGUUUCAUUUUGGAGACGGUCGGCUCCUGUAUACGGGUCUCGAGCCCCUGUCCGUUGAAGACUCCGCAAAAGUCAUCGGAGGCGUCCCCGGCACCGAGAUUGACGGGAUCACUUAUACGGACACAAUCAACGAAGUCGAUGCGGAAGGGAAACUGGUCUGGCAGUGGAAAGUCUCUGAGAGGCUGCCACGAGACGAAUAUCCCCUCCAGCCUCAUUACACACGUGAGCACUAUCCCUUGAUCAACUCGGUCCUCCCAAUGCGGGGCGGAAAGCAUAUUCUCGCGUCGAUGAGAUCCGUGUCUGCGGUGGUCAUCAUUGAGAAGUCGACAGGCAAUAUCGUCUGGAAAGUCGGCCCGGAAGUGCUUGCGCAGCAACAUAACGCAACCGAACUGGAGAAUGGAAACAUCCUCAUCUUUGACAAUGGAGCUUUUCGAACUGGGGAGUCCGUCACGUAUACCAGGGCAGUUGAGAUCUCCAGACACAGCAAGAAGAUUGUGUGGGAGUACCGCGACAAGUCUCAGAUGCACAAUUUCUUCACGCCGUUCAUGGGAAGUGCACAAAGACUGUCCAACGGAAAUACAUUGUUGUGUGAGAGCGCAUUUGGCAGGGUGUUUGAGGUAACGCAGGAAGGAUAUGUCUGCUGGGAGUAUGUCAACCCCCAUUUCGCACCGUACCCGGACCAUGUCACUGCCAAGAUCUUUCCCGGGGAGUCCAACGCUUUGUUUAGAGCUUACCGAUACUCUCUGGACGAGAUACCAUGGCUCAGGAAAAAGUUGGGCGGUUCAUCGUGCGUUGUGCAGUGA